GUGAAAAAGAAGUGCAAAAGGUGUCAGGAUGGAACAGAUCGAAUUCCCGAAAUAAUCGUCGUCAGUUCUUUCGAUUUAAUUUGUUAUAUUCUCUCAAUUUUCACGUACUUACUGGAUAUUGGAAGUGAUGCAUUCACCGCUUAUAUACAUUACCGAGAAAAUAAAAUUUGGCCAUUUGUGCUUAUUUUUUUUCUGAUUGUUAUACCAUCUUUAAUGUUAAAUAUUAUUUCGUUCCUGUGGUGGAGAGACGAUUCUUGCGAGCCUAAUUCAAAGCUUGUUAAAUGGUCGUCUCAUCUUAUUUACCGAUUGAUUGUUUGCAUAUUUCAGUUAUGUAUUUUUAUCUAUCGAAGGGACAAUAAAAAAUUUCAGUUUGGACCAAUAUUGUGGCAGCUAGAAGCUCUCAUAUAUGCUGUGAAAUUUCGUUUUUGUAUAAAUGUAAAUGAAAAGCGAUAUCUUUUUUUUAGAAUGGCAGAAGCAGAUCGAGACGCAUCCCUGUUGAGGUUUUUCGAGGCAUUUCUUGAGUCAGUUCCACAAAUGCUUGUUCAAGGAGUUGUGUUAGCACAAUCUUUUUAUAUACACAAUGAAAGAAAGGAUAUACCGCAUUGGAUAUAUAUUCAACUGAUAUCGAUUACGACUUCACUGAUAUCGAUAUGUUGGUCAGUGAAUACUCAACAUCGUGCAUUGCGUUUAAUUAGGCAAGAUAAACAAAAUAUGACUGCUGUUCAAAGUUUAUUUCAACUGACUUGGCGCCUAUUAACAAUUUUUUCACGUUAUAUGUGCUUCGUGCUUUUUAUUUUGGCUUUCCAAUAUUGGAUCAUUUUCGUAUUUAUUCUUCAUUAUUUAAUUUCUUUUUUUCACAUUUAUUUUUUACAGAUUUUUGAUGUUGAAGUGGAAUCGAAACUUUUAAAAUAUGGCUUGAUAGUGAUUUGUGCGGCAGUACAUAUUUUUGCACCAUUCAAUAUAGCAGAAGGACGAACCAGAUGGCGAUAUAUUAUUGCAUAUACAGUGGAAGCUGUUGAAGAUGGAGUACGUCCAUUUUUUCAUUUUUUACUUUAUUUUAUUUUAGUUUUCAAAUCAUAUAGAAAUGAAAUAUUUAUUUAUUUAUUCAGAAUUUUCCAGAUAAUGCUAAUCAUGAUUCUCAACUGUACAGAAUUUCGUUGUCCAUAUAAGGAUGUUAUCGCAUAUUCUAUUCUUUCUAGUUUUGUUCUUGGUAUUGUCAUAAUGGUGAUUUAUUAUUGCCGAUUCCAUCCAAAUCAUGGAAAAUCUUUAACAGAAAAGGUUUUAGCUGAUGAUUUUCUUGAAAGUGUGGAACCUUUUUCUGUGGAUUUCAGCAUUUUCGGAAAGCGUUUCUUUGAUGAAUUAAGAUAUGUCGAUUCCGAUUCGAAUUAG